AUGGUGGCUAAGGUCUUACCAAUUCAAAAACCAGUAAAAGUUCAGAUUUUUCGCACUGCGACAAUUACCUACUUCUUUAAGACCAUGCUUAUUAUCAGUCAGAUAUUUUGUGCUGCACCAUUGUUGGAUUGCAAACGAUGUUUUCUGAUCAAACUUCAUUUUAUAUGGAGCACAUUGAUAGUUGUUUGCAUUAUAGCAGCAUCAUGGUCCUUGGAAAGGAUAUUUGAAGUCAAUAUGACAACAAUAAAAAAGGCUCUCUACUUCAGUGAGUACUUCGCCGAUGCUGCUUUGAUUGUAUUGACAAUUAUUACAUGCUAUUAUCAUAAGGAUUGCUAUGAGACUUUUCCAAAACGGAUUCAAGAACUCGAGAAGAGAACUCAAAUCUACAAACCAAAAGCCAUCCAUCAAGAGAUCACUCACAAAGUGUACAAGAAAAUUAUGAAAAUAGUUGUUAUCGGAGCGUCACUUCUUAUUUCAACAACGUUGAUUGAUUUUUUCUACAACGCCGAAGAUCUCUUCAUGUUCCUUAAAAGUACCAUCGUAUUCAUUUUACCAAAUAUCACCAUCUUCUUGUGGAUUGGACAAUACUGGAUUCUUCUGACAUUAAUACUGACUCGGUAUGAGGUUAUAAACUCGAUUCUAGAGGAUUUGAAUAGUCCGAAAAUUCAACAAACAACUCCAUGUUUACUUUUGACAGAGGUAAUGAAAGGACAUGGGAAGCCUCGUAGCAACGUUCCAGCAAUUCUGGAAGACCUGCGAUGCAUUUUCGCGCACUUGGAAGUUCUUGUUGGUGAUGUUACUGAAGUUUUUGGUCUGACUAUAACUGCAAAUUUCCUGUCAGCUUUUCUUACACUGAGUGUACAAAUUUUCGUUCUAUACAAGAUGCCAGAAAGGCCUGAGGAAUGUACUUGGUCGUCAGUAUUGUAUGCACUGUUUUGGGUAGCUUUGAAUACUUUAAAGUUUUUCGUGAUUCUCUAUGCAAAUAGCUGUCUAUUGAAUGUGAAAUCUCAAAUGGGGAUAAUUUUAAGUUGCUUCGAAGGUGUUGAAACUAAAACAGAGGAAGCUAUCAAUCGGUUUCUCAUGCAAUUGGUUGUGAGAAACAACAUCCAAAUGGCUUGUGGAAUAGUUGAUCUUGAUAUGGAAUUAAUUGGUGGACUCCUUAGUGCAUUAUCAAUCUACGUUAUUUUUCUCAUUCAAAUUGACCUGGGAGAAAUUAUUUUAAUUACUCGACCACCAUCAAAUAUCACUUCAACCAAUAUUCCAAUAAGCUCUUAA